AUGCCGGUAACGGCCGCCGCACAAACUCCCUCUGCACCAUCAUCCCCAAACAACACAACACCUGCAGCCACAACCUGCACAGCAUCAUCAACACCCCUAAGCGCCCUAGACGCAGACGCCGACACUCCCUCCAAAGACCAUCAACCGCAGCAGGACCAAACCGAAUCUGUCCCGCCCUCCGUCCCAAGUGCCAUCACAGACAGUGACGUCGCCGAUCUCCGGCGCGAGCUUACACGGGCCUCGGCUGUGGGGGACUCCAUCAACCACAAGGAAGACACCGAUACUCACGCUGACACUGACAUUGACGACGACGCCUUGCACAAUCUCAAUCACGAGCUAGACGCCCAUCUGGCAGAACUGACAGACGUAUUCCAAGAGUCACUGUACUACGAUGCAUCGACAAUGGCCGGCUUGAACUCUUUUUCGCUGGCUGCCCUCAACCGCCUCCGGGCGUACAAGCCGCCUCCCUUCCCCAUAUGGGACACUCUGCCUGCGCGGAAGCGCGCGGCCGUGCUGGUCCUGCUGUACGCGGACCGCUGGGGCGAUUUACGUGUUGUCAUUACCAUGCGGGCUGCGAGCCUGAGGAGCUUCUCGGGACAUGCGGCUCUUCCCGGCGGGAAGGCUGAUAGUAACGAAGAGACGCCAUAUCAAAUUGCGAGGAGGGAGGCGUUUGAGGAAAUUGGCCUGCCGAUGGAUGACCUCCGCUUGCCCAAGCCAUUCCGUAUAGAGCCGCUGUGCUACCUGCCGCCUUCGUUGGCGAGAACCCAUCUCGUUGUUACGCCGUGCGUGGCAUUCCUCCACGCAGAUAGACUGAAUCCAGAUUCGCCCACCCCGUUGGUGGAGGAGUCUCUGAUACCGAGACUAGACGCGCGGGAGGUGGCCGCCGUGUUUAGUGCCCCGUUUUACAACUUCCUCAAGGCGAAUGACCUUCCGCCUCGGCCGGGACAGGAACUGCCCCCCGGACCGUGGUACGAGGGCGCUUGGAUGUCGUGGAAGGAUCUGCCGUGGAGGAUACACAAUUUCUAUGUGCCCGUGAAUAAUCAGCGGGUGGCGAAGCCGCGGAGGGCCAGCGCCCAGGGGAACAUGGGCGAGGCGCUGGAGGUGCAGCAGGAGCAGGAGGGGAGGUUCAAGGUCUGGGGCAUGACGGGCCGGCUGUUGGUCGAUGCCGCGAGGAUUGCCUACGGGGAGAACCCGGAGAUUGAGCACAACGACACGUAUGGAGACUAUGAUAUUAUUCUAAGGGCCGCGGAUGAGGGCGUCUUUAAAGAGGUGGGUGAGGCCAAGAAGCCGAGCAAUGAGCCGGCCAAGAUGUAA